GAGACAAUUCACAGAUGGAGCAUGAUGUAUGGCGAGGGUGCAGCACCCAAGCGAGGACGUGGCGCCAGCUGUUCGGCGUGGCCCGCACUGGCCCGGCGACCGUACACACCGCGCGGCAGUGGCCUCCCUUCCACCAACUCCUGGCCUACUCCGAUUGGCAGCAGCUCCGGCAAUGUCUCGGAUUCCAAGCGCGAUUCGGAACGAUUUCCGAAUCCGACUGCGAUCACCAGCAGGGGUUCCCUCCAUAUAAACCCCCCCGAGUCUCCCUUGUUGAUCUGUGUGAUUCGUGACAUCCAGUUCGCAAGCGUGCAGUUGCAGAGUGCAGACAGACACGACCAAACCUCGCCGCCGCCAUGUCCGCCGCCGAAGUUGAGACUGUUGCCGCCUCCGUGACUGACACUGUCGCCGCUCGGCUCGCGGCCAUCUGCGACAUGAUCCAGGGGCACCGCGCCUCGGGGACGCCGAUCAGCGCCAGACGAGCCGCCGCCAUCUCCGCGAUGAUCGACGACGUCGCCGCCACCGCCGCCGAGGGGAGGCCGAGGGCGUUCAGGCGGAAGCGUCGGAUGGCCAGCGCCCGCGGGUACAAGCAGGAGGGCCGCAGGCUCGGCCAGCAGGGCGGGAGCGGCGGCGUCGUCGUCAUGGCGCGCCACCGCGCCACGGGCCGCGCCGUCGCCGUCAAGUCCCUCCACCGCAGGAGCGGCGGGAGCUACGUCGGCGACGUCCUGCGCGAGGCCUGCUUCACGGCGGCCGGCGGGGGCCACCCCUCGCUCGUCACGUUCCGCACCGUCGCGCGCAAGCCCGGCACCACGGACUACUCCAUCGUGACGGACUACGUCGGGCCGAGCCUCAGGGCUGUAAUGGGUGACCGCGGCGGCCGGCCGUUCCCGGAGGCCGAGGUGCGCCGCAUCAUGCGGCAGCUGCUGGCCGGCGCCGCGGCCAUGCACGGGCGUGGGAUCGUCCACCGGGACGUCAGGCCCGACAACAUCCUCGUCGGCGACGGCGGCGCCGUCAAGAUCUGCAACUACGGGGCAGCCAAGUCCAUGGCCGAGAAGGACCCGCCGUGCUACGACCCGGCCGGAACGUGCGCUUACGUCGCGCCGGAGGUGCUGGUGAAGAACGCCGACCACGGCGAGCUCGUGGACACGUGGUCGCUCGGCUGUGUGAUGGCGGAGCUCCUCACCGGCAAGCCGCCGUUUGCGGGGGAGGACGAGGCGCACCAGCUCUUCAAGAUCUUCGACGUGGUCGGCGUGCCGUGCAGGAGGGCGUGGCAGGCACUGAAGCCCCAGGUCCACGACGACAAGGUGCAGCUUUGGCGAGCGCGGCAGCACCGGCGAGUGGGGCUGGGGCCCCGCAAUCGACUGCGCGAGCUGAUCCCCGAGGAGACGCUGUCAGGCGAAGGCUUUCAGGUCCUGAAAGGGCUCUUGUCGUGCGAUCCCGAGAAGCGGCUGACGACGGCCACCGCGCUCCAGUGUCCGUGGUUUACCGAGGACGACGACGACGCUCCUGUUUCGGGGAUGAUCAUCACGGUUUCCAAGAUCGGCUCCAUGGCCAGCAAGUCGUUGUUACUGGCCAUGUCUUCCAUUGGAUGUGCGCUAGCAGGUUUACUCAGGCCCAAGGCAUUGCGGCUGUGAUUGUCCAGUGUUGUCGACGAGUAGUUUUUAGUGAUCUGUUACUCUCUCUCUUUUACUAGGUGAUUCUCCACGCGUUGUUGCAGGAUUUGAGCAAUUUUUUUUGAUAAAUUAUGACUAAAAAUAUAAAAAAUUAGAUAAAAAUACAAUGGAGAGCAUGUAGUAUUAUAUUGAUCAAGAUUUGU